AUGGUUAAGGAAGAUAAGUCCACCUGGAAGUCCAACUACUUCCUGAAGUUGAUUCAGCUCCUGGACGAGUACCCCAAGUGUUUCCUUGUGGGUGCUGACAAUGUCGGCUCCAAACAGAUGCAGCAGAUCAGAAGGUCCAUGCGUGGAAAAGCUGUUGUAUUGAUGGGAAAGAACACCAUGAUGCGUAAGGCCAUCACUGGUCACAUGUCGAACAAUCCAUCUCUGGAGAGGCUGCUCCCUCACAUUAGAGGCAAUGUAGGCUUUGUGUUCACCAAGGAGGAUCUCAACGAAACCAGAGAUUUGAUCCUGUCAAACAAGGUCCCUGCUGCAGCCAAGGCAGGUGCUCUGGCCCCAGUGGACGUGAGGAUUCCAGCUCAGAACACUGGCCUGGGACCAGAGAAGACCUCCUUCUUCCAGGCUCUGUCCAUCCCAACCAAGAUUUCCAAGGGAACCAUUGAAAUCUUGAAUGAAGUCCAUUUGAUCAAGGUUGGGGACAGAGUAGGAGCUUCUGAGGCCACCCUGCUUCAGAUGUUGAAGAUCUUCCCUUUUACCUAUGGGUUGAUCAUUGAACAAGUCUACGACUCCGGAACAGUCUUCUCGCCUGAAAUCUUGGACAUUAAGCCAGAGGACAUCCGUAAAACCUUCAUGGAGGGAGUGAGGAACAUUGCCGCCAUUUCUCUGGAAAUCGGCUACCCUACUGCAGCCUCUGCUCCACACAGCAUCAUCAACGGCUUCAAGAACUUGCUGGCCAUUGCCGUGGAAACAGACUACAGUUUCCCUGCAGCUGAAACUGUUAAGGAGUACCUCGCUGAUCCAUCCAAGUUUGCUGCUGCAGUCUCCGCCGCUGCUCCAGCUGCCGCUGAAGAGAAGAAGGAAGAGGCUCCGGCAGCCAAGGAAGAGUCCGAGGAGUCCGACGACGACAUGGGCUUCGGUCUCUUUGAUUAGAGUUCCUUAGUACAGCGACAUGCUGCAUUUCUGUUCUUUUGACUGUAUCUUUCACUUGGGAAUAAGAACUGCUCUAGAAAAAGGACGUAUGUUUUAAUAUUGAUGUCAUCUCGGUGAAUUUGCAAAUUUUAUGGCCAUGAAGUGCCCGGCUAGAUGCACAUGGCACGGAUAGCCAACAAGCGUACCUGUGAUGUACAGAAAAAGACAGAAAUAAAGAAAGAAAAAAUGAAGUAAUUAUC